AUGAAACGAACAGAACGUAGCUGGAUGUAUGAAAGGAAGGUCGGGCCAUAUGUUAAUCCAGAGUUUGAGAAAGGGGUUGAUGAAUUCAUGCAAUACGUCAAAGAUAAUCCCGAAAGUAGUAACCCGAAUGAAGUUAGGUGUCCAUGUGCUAAAUGUAAGAACAAACGGCUUUGGGACCCAGAUACGGUUAAACUUCAUUUGUUUCGCGCGGGUUUUGUACCUAAUUACUAUGAGUGGAUGUGUCACGGGGAAGGGUUUCCGACGAUUCCUGCAAGAGGGUCCAACGAAUAUCGUGAAAUGGUUUUCGAUGCGUUUGGUCAAAGUCAGGAUCAUGUGCAUUCCGAAGAGGCUAGUGUUUCAUCAGAAGAGGAGCCUAAUGCCCAAGCUAAGCAUUUUCUGGAUUUAUUGAAGGCUUCUGAAAGGCCAUUAUACGAAGGUAGUUCGUUGUCUGUGUUGGAGAUGGCCGCUAGAAUCACAAGUCUAAAGUGCGAGUAUAAUCUUCCGCACAGAUGUGUCGAUGGGUUUGUUUCACUUCUCAGUGAAGCAAUUCCUAACAACAAUCAAAUGGUCGACACAUUCUAUGAGGUGAAAAAGAUUGUGAAGGGCUUGGAAAUGCCUCAUGAAAGGAUUCACGCUUGUCCUAAAGGAUGUAUGUUAUUUUGGAAGGAUGAUGCCCAGCUGUCUACAUGUAGGGCGUGUGGCAGCGAUCGCUACAAGCAGACUUCCAAGGGUAGCCUAGUGCUUUUGAACGUUUUGUUUUAUUUCCCAAUCACUCCCAGGCUGCAAAGGCUGUUUACAACCAAGACUAUUUCGGAGGAAAUGACAUGGCAUUCGAAAAAUCCUCGAGUGCAAGGCACUAUGGCACACCCUAGUGAUAGUGAAGCUUGGAAACACCUGGACAACUACUUUAUGCAUGAGGCCUACCAGAAGAAAGUUGAAGAAGCAAGCACCCAAGGGAUUCAGAAGAGUCCAAAUGAGUUGUACUGGGAAACUGUAGGUGGUCGAAACAAGAAGGUUCGUGUGAAGGGACUUGGCCAAGGUGCGGAGCUGUAUUAUGGCAACCGGAAGAGUUCCAAGUCUUCCCAACAGUACACACCUUCCUUUCUCCCAGAUGCAAGAUUAGAUGGACCAGAGGGUGGAGCAGAGGUUGGAGGAGAGGGUGCAAGCUAUGCGGAGUGA